AUGGACAAUGUCGAGCCAAGACAAAAGUUCUAUCACCCCUAUUCGCCCUAUGACAUUCAGCUCGAGUUCAUGCGCGCUCUUUACGAGUGUAUCGAGACGGGCAAAGUCGGCAUCUUUGAAUCACCCACAGGAACUGUACGUGCUAUUUACUUUUUAGUCCAAACACCCAAAUCUGUAAAGUGGCACAAUGCCUCGUGUUUCACCCGGCUGCGCGGGAAAUCGUUGAGUCUGAUAUGUGGCUCCCUGACGUGGCUUCGCGAUCAUAAGCGCAAGGCAUUUGAUAGCACCAUAGCACAGUCUUCAGCCGACGAUGAUGAGCCGGAUUGGAUGCUUGAAUAUUCCAAGCAGGAGAAGACGCAGGCUGUGACCAAGAAAUGGAGAGAGCUUGAAGAGCGGCUCGCGAAAAUUAGGAAGGAGAAAGAACGUGCUGAGAUAUCGUACGAUCAUAGACGAGCACGAAAAAAGCAGAAAACCGAUUCGAGCGCCCCUAGUACUAGCCUUGAUGAGAGUUUCUUUGAAUUAGACGAGUAUGAAAGCGACGCAGAGACCAGCAAGAACCCCUCAGGUCACAAGUUUGGAGACGUCGAAGGGCUGUCAGCUAGCACGGUCGCAUUACUUGAACGCUUCAAGGGUCAUGCGUUGGGCCGCAAGGGGGAAGAAGAUGAAACAGACAAUCAGACCAAAAUAUUUUACUGCUCACGCACUCAUUCUCAAUUAUCCCAAUUCGCCCAGGAACUCCGACGAGUGAACAUUCCUUCCAGUCUGCCUGCUCCCAAGGGGGAAACAGGGGAAUGCACUGAGCUAGAAGAGACAGUGAAACAUCUUAGUCUGGGUUCUCGAAAGCAACUGUGCAUUAAUCCCAAAGUCGCAGCGCUAGGCGAUUCUAUAGCAAUUAAUGAGCGGUGUAUGGAACUGCAGCAACCAGGAACCGCACCUGAAAAGAAGUGUGCGUACCUGCCAUCGAAAGAGACUGAGGAUGUGGCCUCCGAUUUCCGAGACCGUGCUCUCGCUACGGUUCAGGAUAUCGAGGAUAUUGGCCAGCUUGGCAAGCAGCUUUCUAUUUGCCCAUAUUAUGCAACCAGACCAGUAGUCAAACAAAGCGAAAUAAUCACGCUUCCCUAUCAGCUUCUUCUCCAACGGUCAGCUAGAGAAGCGCUGGACCUGUCUCUCAAAGACCAUGUUGUCAUCAUUGAUGAAGCCCACAAUCUGAUGGAUACAAUCUCUGGCAUACACUCUGUCUCCGUGACACUUCAACAGCUACAGACUGCGCUUAUGCAGCUAACUACUUAUGCUCGAAAAUUCCAGACCCGGCUAAAGGGCAAGAACCGGGUGUAUGUCACCCAGCUCAUCAGACUAAUCAACUCCCUAGCCGAAAAUCUCAAAUCCCUCUCGCAAAAACAUUCGACCUCAGAAGCCAUUGUCCAGUACUCAGAGCUAGUGGCAGGCAAAGGAGUUGAUCAGAUCAACACAUACAAGCUGUCUCGCUACUUGCAGGAAAGUAAGCUUGCAAGAAAAGUAGACGGUUAUGUCGAACACACCAGCCAGCAAAAAGGUGGCCAGCAGCGGGAAAAGACAGCGAUGCCUGUACUCUUCCAAGUCCAAAGUUUCAUUCUCUCGCUGAUGAACCCUUCUUCCGAAGGUCGCCUCUUCUUCAGCAAGGCGGAUGAUGAGGUGCAUUUGAAAUACUUGCUGCUUGACCCUACAAACCAUUUCAGAGAGAUCGUAGAUGAAGCCCGGGCAGUAAUUCUCGCAGGGGGGACCAUGUCGCCGAUGUCCGACUAUGCUGAUUAUUUGUUCUCUUAUGUACAGCCUGAAAGAUUAGACACGUUUAGUUUUGGGCAUGUUAUCCCCUCGAGUAACCUUACCGCCCGUGUUCUAUCUACUGGUAGCCCUGGUUCUGAUUUCAAUUUUACGUUCGACCGCCGAAACUCAGAAACAAUGGUAACCGACCUAGGACGAACCAUUGCUAGUCUUUGCGGCGUCAUUCCAGACGGUGUCGUAGCAUUUUUCCCCAGUUAUGAUUACUUAAAUCACGUUCUUGAUAGCUGGAGAAAGACGCCAAAGAAUGGAAGAGAGCCCUCCAUUUUCUCUUUGAUCGAGAAAAACAAGCCCAUCUUCUACGAAUCCCAAAGGAAAGAAAACGCCGCUAGUGAUAUUUUCCAGCAAUACUCCGCCAAAAUCGAGUCCGGCUCUGGCGGCUUGCUACUAUCCGUUGUCGGGGGCCGGUUAUCCGAAGGCAUCAAUUUUUCCGACAAGCUCGGACGAGGGGUUAUCAUCGUCGGCUUGCCCUUCCCCAACAUUCAUUCGGCAGUGUGGAAAGCAAAGAUCAGCCAUAUUGAGAAUCGAGCGUAUGAGAAGAGCCAAGGGACGGAUUCUGCCAGACAAAUAGCUUCGAAAGCCGCAGGUAGGGAUUUCUACGAAAACUCUUGUAUGCGAGCGGUCAAUCAGUGCAUUGGGAGAGCUAUCAGACAUAGAAAUGACUAUGCUGCCAUCGUCAUGAUUGAUAGGAGAUAUGAAGGUGACCGGAUACAACGGAAACUCCCGACGUGGAUCCGACAGAGCCUUGUAACUCGGGCGAAUGCAAAGACUUUGAGGAAUACUCAAGAUGAUCUUGCGGUGUUUUUCAGAGGACAUAGCUCCAGAAAAGCUCUUUGA